GGCGGGCGGGGACGAAGCAGAGCCAAGUCAGGUCCAGCGGCUCCCGCUAGCCCGAGGCUGUCUCCGUUGUCCUGUGGCAGCGGAAGGGCCCCGAAGGAGCGUGGCGGACGGGCAGGGACGGGGCCCGCUCUCCGCCCGGGCGGAGCUGCACGGCAGUUUCGGCGCGGCGCCUCCCUGCGGCGGGAGCGGCCGUUUGCCCGACAGCGCCGUAGGGCGCCGGCGCUGCUUGUCUGGGCAGGAGGAAGGUCCAGGCCUCGCCGCUGUCCCUGGAGCUGCCGGCCAGGCCGAGCUGGGAGCACCCGCGGAGCUGCGAGCCGCAGAGGGCGAAGCACGGGCGUCGUAGUGAACUUCUUGUUUGUUUGUUUUAAUUACCAGUUUCAUUCCUAAACGAAACGGUGCUGCUAGACAUUUUAAAAGUAGCAUACUCUGGAAGUGUGGAACUCGAUUAAUGGUGGGAAGAAUGAAAGGGAAGAGGAAUGAAAGAAUGUUGAACCUUUUUGUUUGGCUGUAUGAUGGAAGGAAACCGGACGGAGAACCUCAGCAAUAGAUCAUUUGGAUGGCUUCAGCAGCAAGAGAAUGAUGCUAAACCAUGGCUCUGGAAAUUCUCUAAUUGCUUUUCUGUUGCUGAACAGUCUUUGCCUUGCAGUGCAAAAACGAAAGAUUACAUGGAGAACAAGAAAGUUGCUGCAGAACUGAAGGAUGCUUCAUCACUUCAUAAUGCUGGCUCUAAACAGUUUCCAUCAGUACCACUUCCUGAUGUUCACCCUCUUCAACAGCAAAUACAGCUUUCACCUGGCCCGAAAGUAAGCUGCUGUGCUCAUGGCUCUGACUCUUCCUGUACUCCACAAAUGCACUGUGGUGGUGGUGGUGGUGGUAAUUUGGUUCACCCUGGCACAAUAUUAGACCCCAAAAGCACUGGGACGAUUACUUGUCAAGUGGGGUCAGGAUUUGCUUAUCAGUCUGCAUCUUCGCUGAAGAACCCUCCAUCUAGAAGCAAUUUGUCAGGCAUAGCGAGUGAGUUCCCAGGCAUGUGCGUAGAAAACAGUGUCUCUUCCUGUCAACAUCUGCCCUGUUGUGGAAAACUCCAUUUCCAGUCCUGUCAUGGUAACAUGCACAAGCUGCAUCAGUUCCCAGCCCUUCAGAGCUGCACACCUUCUGGCUAUUUCCCUUGUUCUGAAUUCUCGAGUGGGGCUCCAGGUCACUUGGAUGAGCAUAUUGCACAGUCGGAGCUAACAUCACAUGUGUGCGCCAACCCUUUGCACCUAAACAUGGCACCUUCCCUUUGUGUAAAAGGCUCUCACUGCUGCAGUGACUGCUUGAGCAAGCCAACCAGAAACAGCCUAGCUGAUGCUACUAAAAUCUGGCCAAAUAUUCCUCCUCCAAGUGCACAGACUGCAUCUGUUCCUAUCCCAAUAUGCAAUGGCUGUGGAACCAAAGGAACAGGAAAUGAGAAGAGUUUGCUACUGGCGAGCAGCCUUGGCAAAUCACCACAGAAAUAUGGGUCUCCGGAAGUUGCAAUAACAGGCCAAGUUCUGGAAAACUUGCCUCCCAUUGGAGUCUUCUGGGAUAUUGAAAACUGCUCAGUUCCCACUGGUCGCUCAGCUAUAGCAGUUGUGCAGAGGAUUCGUGAGAAGUUUUUUAAAGGUCACAGAGAGGCAGAAUUCAUCUGUGUGUGUGACAUUAGCAAAGAAAAUAAAGAAGUUAUUCAGGAGCUGAACAACUGCCAGGUGACUGUUGCACACAUCAAUGCCACAGCAAAGAAUGCUGCUGAUGACAAACUCAGGCAGAGUCUUCGGAGAUUUGCUGAUACACACACUGCGCCUGCCACUGUGGUUCUUGUGUCGACGGAUGUUAACUUUGCUCUGGAGCUCAGUGACCUGAGACAUAGACAUGGUUUUCAGAUCAUUUUGGUGCAUAAAAACCAGGCUUCAGAAGCACUCUUACAUCAUGCUCAUGAGCUUAUUUGUUUUGAAGAAUUUAUUUCAGACUUGCCACCAAGGUUACCGCUGAAAGUGCCGGCAUGCCAUACCCUGCUAUAUGUUUAUAACCUACCAACAAACAGAGACAGCAAAAGCGUCAGUAACAGACUCCGGCGUCUGUCAGACAACUGUGGAGGGAAGGUGCUGAGCAUCUCUGGUAGCAGUGCCAUCCUCCGCUUCCUAAACCAGGAAAGUGCUGAGCGGGCUCAGAAGCGAAUGGAGAAUGAAGAUGUUUUUGGCAACAGAAUUGUAGUGUCCUUUACUCCCAAGAGCAAAGAGCUUAGUGAAACAAAAAAUGCCAGCUUUGUGGGAACUGAAAAGGUGAAGUCCCCCAAAAAAGUGAACAAGAACACAAAGCUGUGCCUCCUCAACAAAGACUCAAGUGAUCAGUCUUCUGGCAUCAAAGGCUCUGCUGGGAAAGGACUCCUGGUCCAUGGAUCUGUCAGACUAACAAGUGUUAAAAGCCUACAGGAGCUGUGCUGCCUUGAAUCAAAGACCAUCAAUAGAAGUACGGAACAUCAGCAAGAACAUUUAAGAGAACAAAUUCCUUCUCUUCAGAGCAACUCUAAUGCAGCAGUGAUUCCUAUGUCUCUGGCAACCAAAAAAACUGGAACAGGAGAAUCAUCCUGUAAAACUAGUCAGAAUAGAAAAGAGACCUCUGCUUCCAGAAGCAUUACCAACUCCCCUGUAGAUAAAAAAGACAAAGAUGAAGCUGUAUUUCAGGUCAGCUAUCCUUCUGCUUUCAGUAAGCUGACAGCCUCUAGACAACUCAGUCCUUUAUUCAUGUCUCAAAGCUGCUGGUCAUCUCGGAGUAUGUCUCCAAACCUCUCCAACAGAUCAUCUCCACUCACAUUUAAUGUGGUAAAUCAUAGCAGUGGUACUGACUGUCCUGAUCCUUUUGCAAAUGGUGCAGACGUCCAGGUCAGCAAUUUGGAUUACAGAUUGUCCAGAAAGGAGUUGCAGCAAAACUUGCAAGAAAAUUUCUCAAGACAUGGCAAGGUAAAAAAUGUAGAGCUCAGUCCUCAUACAGACUACCAGUUGAAGGCUACAGUUCAGAUGGAAAAUCUGCAAGAAGCAAUCAGUGCUGUCAACAGUCUUCACAGAUACAAAAUUGGCAAUAAAAGGAUCCAAGUCUCAUUAGUAACAGGGGCUGCUAGUAAAUCACUCUCUCUGCUUAGCUCAGAAACGAUGUCCAUUCUGCAAGAUGCACCUGCUUGUUGUCUGCCUGUGUUCAAAUUCACAGAAAUCUAUGAAAAGAAAUUCGGACAUAAGUUAACCGUAUCAGACCUGUACAAACUAACAGACACUGUGGCGAUCCGCGACCAAGGGAAUGGGCGCCUGGUGUGCCUUUUACCCAGCAGCCAAGCCCGGCAGAGUCCCUUGGGAUCUUCACAGUCACAUGAUGGUUCUUCAGCAAACUGUAGUCCUAUAGUAUUUGAAGAGUUGGAAUAUCAUGAGCCUGUUUGUAAGCAGCAUUGCCUGAAUAAAGACUUUAUUGAGCAUGACUUUGAUCCAGAUUCUUACAGAAUUCCUUUUGUGAUUUUGUCUCUGAAGACAUUUGCUCCCCAAGUCCACAGUCUUCUUCAGACACAUGAGGGUACUGUGCCUUUAUUAAGUUUUCCUGAUUGUUAUAUGUCAGAGUUCAGUGAUCUGGAAGUAGUGCCAGAAGGCCAGGGUGGCGUUCCUUUAGAACACUUGAUUACCUGUGUUCCUGGAGUUAACAUUGCCACUGCCCAAAAUGGAAUUAAAGUCAUUAAAUGGAUACAUAACAAGCCACCACCUCCCACUACAGAUCCUUGGCUUCUACGUUCUAAGAGCCCUGUAGGUAAUCCACAACUUAUUCAGUUCAGUAGAGAAGUGAUAGACCUACUUAAAAACCAGCCAUCCUGUGUCAUACCUGUCAGUAAAUUCAUCCCAACUUACCAUCAUCACUUUGCAAAGCAAUGCCGUGUGUCUGACUAUGGGUAUUCUAAGCUAAUGGAGCUGCUGGAAGCAGUGCCUCAUGUGCUGCAGAUUCUGGGCAUGGGUUCCAAACGCUUAUUAACUCUGACGCACCGAGCUCAGGUGAAGCGCUUCACCCAAGACCUGCUGAAGCUGCUCAAGUCACAGGCCAGUAAGCAAGUCAUUGUGAGGGAGUUCUUGCAGGCUUAUCAUUGGUGUUUCUCAAAGGACUGGGAUAUUACUGAGUAUGGGGUGUGUGAACUGGCUGAUAUCAUAGCAGAGAUUCCAGAUACAACCAUCUGUUUGUCACAGCAGGAUAAUGAAAUGGUAAUCUGUAUUCCCAAAAGAGAACGUACACAGGAAGAAAUUGAAAGAACCAAACAAUUUUCUAAAGAGGUAGUAGACUUACUACGUCAUCAACCCCAUUUCAGAAUGCCCUUCAACAAAUUUAUCCCAUCUUACCACCACCACUUUGGUCGUCAGUGCAAACUUGCUUACUAUGGGUUUACAAAACUACUUGAACUCUUUGAAGCCAUACCAGAUGUCUUACUUGUAUUGGAAUGUGGGGAAGAGAAAGUUCUCACACUGACAGAGGUGGAACAAGUCAAAGCGGUUGCUGCCCAGUUUGUUAAACUGCUACGGUCUCAGAAAGACAACUGCCUUCUGAUGAGUGAUUUACUGCCCGAGUACAGUAAGACCUUUGGGUACACACUGCGUCUGCAUGACUAUGAUGUCAGCUCCGUGCCAGCUCUGAUGCAGAAACUUUGCCAUGUCGUAAGGGUUGUUGACACGGAGUCUGGCAAGCAAAUUCAGCUGAUAAAUAGAAAAUCUCUGCGGACUCUAACUGCCCAACUGCUGGUCUUGUUGAUGUCCUGGGAUGAAGCAUCCUUUCUGUCUGUUGAGCAACUUAAACAGCGUUAUGAAACAGUCCAUGGUACUUCACUUAAUCCAUGUGAAUAUGGGUUUGUGACCUUAACUGAACUCCUGAAGAGUCUACCUUACCUAGUUGAGGUUUUUACUAAUGGCACAGCAGAGGAAUACGUGAAACUUACAAAUCUGUAUAUGUUUGCGAAGAAUGUGAGAUCCCUGCUUCACACUUACCAUUACCAGCAGAUUUUUCUUCAUGAGUUCCUUGUAGCAUACAGCAAACACACCGGAGAAGUGCUGCAACCCAAAUCAUAUGGAUGCAAUAAUUUAGAAGAGCUCUUGGGAGCCAUUCCACAGGUGGUCUGGAUUAAAGGACAUGGCCAUAAGAGAAUUGUGGUGUUGAAGAGUGAUAUGAAAACUCGUUUUAGCUCUCCUAGUCUUCCUCCUGCUGAUCAUGUGGAUGAUCCUGGAAAUCAACUUGCUAACCAUAGUGGAUGUGAUAUGGGGAACCGAGGAUCCACUUCAUCACUGGAACUAAAUCUAGGAGCACCUGUUCCUAAUCAAACUGAGCAAGAACUUCUUUGCCUCACAAACACAUCUCCUGUUGACCUCUUGUGUGAGCCAGUUCCUUCCUGCCUACCAUCCCCACAGCUGAGACCUGAUCCAGUGGUUCUGGAAUCUGCAGACCUCAUUCAGUUCGAGGAACGCCCUGCACCCCUCUCCGAAAUAAUGAUUUUAACAGAAGAAGAGAAAGAAAGAAUUGUUACCACAGCUCAAGAGAAAAUGACCUCUGAUUCUGUUGUAUGUAAUACCACAGAGAAUGCUUCAGUGCCUCCCUGUCAAUCUUCUGAAACCCAGCUAAACAAGGAAGCAAUGGACAGCCCAGCCAAAAGGCAACACAAAACCAAGGUGAAAUUAGCAGCAAACUUUUCACUUGCACCCUUAACCAAGCUUUAACUCUAUUUUUAGUGUGAAAGACAAGUUCCUAUGGACUCUGCACAAAGUAACCUGUUUGCUAGCCCUUAUGUAUUUUAAUGAAAGGCCUAGAAGAAUUAAUUUCUAUUUACUGUAUCCUGUGAAGAUUUUGUUCCUUUUACAAUGAGCACAGCUGUUAGCAGAGCAGAUAUUUUCUAUUAUUUUGAAAAAUUUCUGGCAUUUGUUAAAUUACUCCUAAAUUUUACAGUUUUUCAUAAAUGUGUUCAGUAAAAGCAAACUAUCAAUUCAAUUACAAUGGAACAGGUUUUAUUUUCCCUAAGCCUCACUGGUGGUGUAAUCAUACCUAUAGCAUACUGUGUUCUAUAGGCUGUUGCUUACUGGUGUUGUUUCAGACAGUAUUAAUAAAAUGCAUGAUCUGUCUUGCCGAAGCCUGUGGAGGAACUUAAACUUGCUGACAUGAAAUGCCAAGACUGAGGGAGCUCAUUGUACUCCAGAGGAGGAACUUGUUCUCUAAGCUUUCAGGUGACUUGUAGCUGCAUUGGCCAUACUUUGAUCUGGAGAUGUCUGUAGAAGGUUAUGUGGCUAUUUGGUAAAAGCUGUUUUAAAUCUAGCUUCCAGUUCCAUUUAGGAGCUUUCUGCCACAUCCAUGCUGUAAGCUUCCCUUUUCUAUUUAGUUCCAGUCUGGCACAGAUCUGGUUAAGGAAAAGACUGUCUUGGUGUCAUGAGUUGAAGAUACAGACACAGACAUUCUUUUGUGUCUGAAAAUAAAGUUAGGAAGAUUGAUAUUUCUGAACUAUGCAUUUAAUGCAUAAAUUACAGACAAUGGAGCUGGUCUUGCUAAAAUGUGUUGUGCUGGAAGGUGUUGAUGCUAUUUCCACCUGUAAGGAAUGUUGUAGCUACAUGUGGAAAUGCUAAGGUUGUUCUGCUUAACCUUGUUUUCUAUUUUUAAGUCUGUUCAGUAAGUGGGAAGUUUAUUCUUUGAUGUGCUGUCUUUUUAGCUGUGUCUGGUUUUAUUCUGAAACUUACUUCUAGUGUUGGAAGCUUUUUUUUCCAGUUGGUGGUAUCUUGUGUUGGCUUUGAAAGGGCUGGAUUUGGAGGAGAGGUUAGAUCAGUGGAUGACCUUAACUCUAGCAGAAUUGUGCAGUGUAUGAGACUUCAUACCCAUUCUGGGUAACUGUGGCAUUUACAAUGGGUUGUAUUUGCCAGGCAGCAAAUUAAUUGCUCGUAGUAUUGAAAGAGCCUACACUAGAGGUUUUCCACUGGCCCACUGAUUUUUACUUUUUUAAGGUGAGUUCUAUUGUAAUGUAUAAAAGAUGGAACAUGAACUCUGAUUUCUCAGCCAGCAGCAGGAGAUGCCACUGAAUGGCUACAGGCAGAGUUUUACCAGUCAGAUUUUGCUAUAAGAUGUUUUAACUUCAGGCAAGCUUUACCAGUAGUGAGCUCCUCGCCAUUGUGAGUGCAGAGAAACACUCGGACCUUCUUCUGAGCAUUGUGGCACAGUGUGGUGAGUCUUUAGGAAACUUCUACAGACAUCCAAGUUUUGCCUUCUAUAGUUGUAAGUGAGCUGUCUUGGAAGGCUUGUAGUGAGUUAAAUGCAAGAAUGUCUGCUUUUGCCUGUUUUGGGAAAGGCAGCAGCGAUCAGUCCAGAUCUUUCAGAUGAGCCUGCAUUGGAGAAAAGAGGACAGCCUGAAAUCAGACUUUGGGAUGCAGCUACAAGUCCUCUGGAGUACUAAAGAGAGCCAGUUUGUUUUUUUAGAGGAGAAAGUGUUCAUCAACCCGAGUGUGGCAAGCAUAGCACUCAUGGAGGUCAGCACAUCUUGUCUGGAGUGGUGUGUGAUUCUGAUGGAAUUGCUGUUGGGGAAGUUGAGCUCCUAGUGUCACAAAGCAGCUGGUGGACUGGCAAUCCAUUUUUUUUAUCCAAAGGAUUAAAUGAAUGAUGUGACUUGCAAAUUGAAAAGUGUUACAACCAUGAAAUUCUUUCAGUGUGCUACUGCGGAUUUGUGUCUGUUUCAAAAACAAAUGUCACCUAAGCCCUCAGUUCAUGCACUUUUUUCUUGCAGUGGGAAGGAGAAGAAAAGAAAUUCUUUUCUUAGCAGUCUACUUGGUUUGGACACUUUCUUUUGUGGCUCAAGUGCUGUUUUGUGUGUUGGGACCAAACAGUUGUGUCAAUAAAAUUUUCAAGCAAGCA